UUUGACAAUAUUAUGACAUUGGUGGUGUUAAGUGGAAUCGUGUUUCUCAAAUUUCUCAAUUUUUUUCUUAUUCGACGUGUUGAACGUAUUCAUGUUUGUUCUUAUUUUCUGUAAUUCCUCAGAAUUUGACUAUAGAUAAAUAAACAUUUUGUUUAUAAUAUACACGUGGGGUACAUUAAAUAAAAUCGUGCCCUUUAUUAUUAUAUAUAAAGUAAAAUAAAAACCUAACCAUGCCUCCUAAGAAACCUAACGCAGCAAGCAAGAAGACGGAGCAGAAAAAGAAGGAGAAAGUUAUUGAGGAUAAAACAUUUGGCCUCAAAAAUAAGAAAGGGGCAAAACAACAGAAGUUCAUCCAACAAGUGGAGAAGCAGGUGAAAAGUGGAGGUAUCCACCCUGCUAAGCCUAUGGAGGACAAGAAGAAAGAUAAAGAACAAAAAAUGAAAGAGCAGAAGGAACUUGCCAUGUUGUUUAAACCUGUACAAGUUCAGAAGGUUGAGAAAGGUACGGAUCCUAAGUCGGUAGUGUGUGCUUUUUUCAAGCAAGGACAGUGUACCAAAGGGGAUAAGUGUAAAUUUUCACACGACUUGACCAUCGAAAGAAAGGCCGAAAAACGUUCUCUCUACGUGGAUAUGCGUGAUGACGAUGAUAAUAUGGACAAUUGGGAUGAGGAUAAGUUAAAAGAAGUUGUGGAGAAGAAGCACGGAGAAGGUGACAAACAGAGGCCAACUACUGACAUUAUAUGCAAACAUUUCCUUGAAGCUGUAGAAAAGUCAAAAUACGGAUGGUUCUGGGAGUGUCCGUCCGGGGGGAAGUGUAUAUACAGGCAUGCAUUGCCGCCAGGGUUCGUUCUCAAACGUGACAAAAAGAAAUUGGAAGAGAAGAAGAAUGAAAUCUCUCUUGUCGACCUUAUUGAACGUGAGAGGGCAGCACUGGGACCGAACCAGACCAAGAUCACGCUAGAGACAUUCCUCGCAUGGAAAAAGAAGAAGAUCAAGGAGAAACAUGACGCACUGACGAAAGCGGAAGAGCAGCGUCGCAACGACUUCAAGGCGGGCCGCGCCGUCGGUCUGUCGGGCAGGGAGAUGUUCUCGUUCGAUCCAGCUCUGGCGGCGGACGCGGACGACGCGGACGGCGACGAGGCCGUCGACCUGCGCAACUACGGCGAGGAGGAGCAGGACAACACGCACUACCGGGAGGUCGAGCUCGAACUUAUCGGCAUGGAGGCCUCGGAGGUGGACGAUUCUGGUACAAAAGCAACCAACGAUCGUUUACAGCAGCUCAGCCACAGUUUAGAGAAUGGCAAGGGCCCAGAAGGUUCGGAGGCGGCGCCAGCGGACUCUGGCGGCGCGGUGCCCAUCAACGAGAACCUUUUCCUAGACGAAGACCUAGAUGAGGAGCUACAAAAUCUAGAUCUUGAAGAUUAGUGAUAGGGAAUGAGAAAUAUGUACCAAACAGCAAUGCAACUUUAAUAUGGAGUUUUUAAAAAUGAGCCAUUAUUGUCAUCAACAUUACAGUUAUUAUUAGGUAUUAUUAUGACAGUUAAAUGCUGAUAUGAUGAUGAUGAUGAUGAUGAUUGUGAUUAUCAUCGCAGCCUUGACUUAUCCACUGCUGAACAAAGAUUUUCCCCAUACAUUCCCCAUAAUGACUUUGAUAACUGCUAAUAUCUUCUAACAAACAAAGUUUUACUAGAGACCCAAAAAACGUCCUAACUCUGUAUUUAUUCCAAAAACAAAUAAAUAAAUAAAGUAUUUUUAUGAUCAAUUCUAAAUAUAUUGAUGUAAAUAUAAUUUCUCUAAAUAACUUACAAAAGGAGAUUUUAUAAAUGCCAGUUACAAGGUAUUAGUAGUUAAUCGUUGAUAAGCAACGGUUUUGAGUUACCUGCAUUCGUAGAUUGCCUGCAAUCCAUUUGACUGUAGCAAAUAUGGCGUAAUUAAUAUAAAAAUUUUCAAGUAAUUUGGUUAUUUAAAUUCUAUACAUAAUGUAGUAACUAAACCUACCUCUAAAAAUUAAAUAACAAUUUGAUAUUACGGCAAAAUCUUUAUUUUAUAAUUUUCUAAUAGAUUCAAGUCAAAACUUAUCAUUUUAGUUUAUGAUCGUUCAUAAAACUGUAAUUUUGUGAAAUUCUCACAUUAAAAUAUUAGGUUAAGAAUAAAUAAAAAUGGCCCCAACACACACUAUGUUUAUUAUAAUGCAUAUAGUGUAUGACGUCAUCAUACGUAAAAGUAAGGAUCUACACAUGCUAUCGAAUAUAUUAGUAUACAAAGUUCUUUAUUGGAAAUCUCAUAAAUUAAAAUUUUGGAGAAGUUUCCUGUUAAAUUGUCUGAGCGCCGUUAGUAGUCGGAGUCUAUUCGGUGAAGCUCCAAAAUUAUUUGUGUUUCGACCCUCGUUUCUUUGUUAAAAAUAUUUAUUUACACUGAUAUAACACUCAAAAGGACGUUAUUUAGAAUUAACCCUGUAUAUGUAAUGUCUGUAGUUGUACCAAAUGUCCCUACUAAAUGUCUUUGCUUGCAUGAAUUAUGAUUAAAUAUUGGUAUUGCCUUGCUGUCUGGUAAAUUAUGAACGAAGUGUGUAUAAUAAUACUGAAUGAAAAUAUAUAUUUGUUGAAAUGAUAA